UCUUUUGUCAUGGCUCCUGAACCAGGUAUUGUUUCAUUUGUAGCAUGGUAACAUUCCAAUGUACUUCUCUGUACUCACCACCGGUGACGCUGCAGGUAGCAGAGCCUCCCUGAGCUACACGGACAUCAGCUUCCUUCUUCGCUCCCAGUAAACAUGGCGGAGGUCAGACAGUGUUUUGGAAGGGGAGCGUACGGCGUUGCACACAAAAUAUACAACCGUCACCUCCUGGAAGGUCCGACCAAGCAAGGUACAAGUGCAAUACUGGCUUCGUCUCUGUCGGCCAGGUUUCUGUCAGGUGAUUUUAAAAAUGGCAACUUGUAUGGAGCCGAAAAUGCUGCGGGCAGAGUGACCGUUGGAGCUUCACGGGACAGUUACACAAGGGUAACGCCGGUACACGGUGCUGUUAUCGAUAUUUUGGAAAAGGGAAAUGUCGCUGAAUAUUAUUCUUAUCGCGGACCUAAAGAGUAUUCACUUUCUAACAAGACCCACGUUCAAAUUAUAGACAGAAAUCAGCAUCGGUGCCGGAGUAACGCCAAGUUUAAGAGGACUUUCCGCACCUCCAGCCCCUACUGUAGCCGGCGUUUGAACUGGGGACACGGACAGUUUGUGUUUAUCAGGGAUUACAGUGGCAACGGGGGCCGAUCUGAGCCCCUGUACAAAACCAAAACAGGCUACUAUGAAAUCCUCGACGUGUUACCCACCGCCACUCACGCCCAGAUAAAAACAGCCUACUACAAGCAGUCCUUCGUCUACCACCCGGACAGAAACGCCGGCAGCGAGGAGGCCACCACCCGCUUCUCUGAGAUCAGCGAGGCCUACACGGUGCUGGGAAACAAGGCGCUAAGGAAGAAGUACGACCGUGGACUGCUCAGCCCGUCGGACCUCAUCGCGAAAGCCAAACCGUCCGCCAGUGACAGCACCGGGAGCUCUGCCAAACGGCAGACCGACAGCCGGCGGUCCGCGGUGGGCGCGGACAUCCGGGGAGGUAUCUUUGAUUUCGACAAGUUUUACAAAUCCCACUACAGCGAUCAGCUGCAGAGGCAAAGAGACAUCCAGGCCCGCAAAGAGGAGAUGCUGAAGAAGAAACAGGAGACGAUCGGCGACGUGAAACUGGGGAAGAUGAUGGAGAUGUGCGUCGGGGCGAUGGUGGGGAUAGCCAUGGUCAUACUGUUCACCUUAAAGUAGUGGCGCUGACAUGUGAAGGAAUGUUGUCCCGACUAGGAAGGCUGCACACAGACAUGCACUGUGGGACCCUUGACAUAUCAUCACCCUUUCACACUAUUAGCCAAGAGCAACAUUACUGUUAAUGUGACCUCUGUUAAACUUAACUCCUCACUAUCACCUCACU